AUGCCUUCCAAGAGACGUGCCGAGUGGGACAAUCACCGCGCCUACUCGGCGAGCUCAUCGAAACGCGCUCGCGUCACGCUCAAUAACACGACCAGAUCGAGCGUGAAACUCGUGGAAGCAUCGGUCCCACGCGAAAUCUUCGAGCCCCAUCCGGACUCCGGCAUAGGCAAGGACUUUCACGGCGUUCCCUACCCUCUCACUCUCAUUCCGAAGAAGACUCGGGACACGCUCAAUCGCGGUGAGUCAGAUGGGGCCGUAUGCGCCUCUUGCGGAAGCCAAGGCCUACGACACCUCACCAACGGAAGCUGUUCCUCGUCGCCGAGAGAGUGUCUUGGGCAUUCGGCACCGUGAGUUAUGCGGCUAGAUCUCUGAAUCAGGUCGCGUUGUGGGCCGUCAAUACGGAGCUGGACAUCUACGACCCUGCCGUCGACGAAGAGGAUGUCGUGAUCGGAGGGAGGCAGAGCAGGAAGCAUGGCAAGUGGUACCCUUAUCAGGGCAGAGAUGAGGCCAAGCUGGCGAUGGAGAUUGUACAGGAGGCAGAGCUUCUCACCCCAAGCAGCUGGGAGCUCUGGAAAGAUAUGGCCGACCGGGCUAUACAGUCGGCAGCGAAGAAAGCUGAAGACGAGCUCGUCGACCUCACUGACGACGAUCCGGUCAUCAAGGCGAGAAGGAAUGCCCCGAACGCAACAACUUCUGCCCGAACCGUGCUGCAAGACAUCUCCCCAAAUUCCAAUCUGGCGCAAACGGGAGCUUUUCCAGCAGGCAAAGCAAAGAACAUGGACCGAGAGCCAACAUCACUACACAACCAGCCGUCGAAGAGAGCCGAAGCGACUCGACGAGAUCCCAAUGUGCGUUGUAGCUAUCAGACACUCCCAGCUUUCUACAGCUUGCUCGACAAGAUCGAACGUACAUCGCCAAUGGGAGCUCGCUUUCUGGAAUCGUAUGCGGCACGACUGCACUCCGAGACGUGCAAGCAUUGCUGGUUUGAAAGGAAUAUCUUGAAAAGUCUGCUGAAAGAAACGCCUGAGCCCGAGCCCGAGCCUAAAACAAUAUCUGCAGCGCCCAGCCGAAAUCCUGUCUUGCAACACAGACAACAAAACGUUCGCGGGCGCGUUCAUCAAUCCGCUCAGCCCAGUGCGACACCAUAUGUGCUGAUAGGGCCCCCGAUAUACCAGACGGAUCCUGGCGCCCCUGUUCAGCCCAGACAUAAUAGUCGCGCACCGCAGUCCCCCUACAUAUCACCAUAUCCGCCCUUAUCUGCUUCGACAGGCCCCGCAUCGCAACAGCACGCAAUCAUCUUGCCUGUCUUACCAGAAUCACAGGCUGUAAUGGACAUGCUCACAUCCUGGGCGCGAGCUGAUCGUAAUAUUCGUGAUCUGUUUGAAGCAUUUGCAAGACGAACAGCCACGCCGGAGCAGGAGAGGAUGUUCAACUGCUACGUUACAGCCGCCAGGUAUCGGGUGCUCCCGACAAGGUAG